AUGGACAAGGCAGUUAAUUCUGCAGAUAUGUCUCUUGAUGACAUUCAUAUGAGUUCCAGUGAACUAUUGGACAAGAAGGAAAUUGACUGUGGGGGUUUUGGAAAAGUGUACCUGUGCUGCCAUAGAAGCCAUGGCCUGGUUGUCCUGAAAACUGUGUUUACGGGGUGUAAGCAAGAUUCGUACAAAAAUGAUCUUAUUCAAGAAGGAAAAAUAAUGUAUAAGCUGAAUCAUGAGAGAGUUGUAAAGCUACUUGGUGUUAUCUUGGAAGAUGGCAACUACUCUUUGGUGAUUGAGUACAUGUCA